CUCACGGAAUCAAACAUUCCUUUCUUCGUUUGGGAAUAGCGCGUAGUCAAUCAAACCAGAAGAACCACCCCAAAGCUUGUGUCUGGCUACGCGUCCCAAACGAGACGAAGAUUUUGGAUAUUUUCCAAGGUCGCGCAACAACGAAUUUUGCUGUAAUAGUCUAAGCUCUAAUGACCUCAAUUGUUUUAGACGACGUCACUCCAUGUGUAUUGGGUGUAUUAGGCAACCUUGAGUAAACAGUAGAUGAUUUCACUGCUUAUAAUAUUAUCCUUUUUUUACAGAUAACGCAUAUAUGUAAAUUCAAAAUGACUGGCUUCUUUUGACCAUCGAAAAGACGUGGGAAAAGGAAAGAAGUAUUAUUCACGGGAUGCCGAGUACAAAAUGGCACAAUCAAAGGAGGAUGAAAAUCAAUUUAACGACCCUAAUUGCUUCUCUUACGUGUUCAUGUGUCGGAUUGCCCGGAUCCUCAACCUUGGUAGCAAUCACCACUUACAACUAGAAGACUUAACACCAAUCCACCCCGAUCAUGACGAAGCCCAAGCUAACAUUAACCAAUUCACGAAGAUCUGGGAAGAAGAAAUACGAACAGCAAGGAUGCACGAUAGACAGCCAAGGCUAUGGCGGGCAGUCCUUAAAAUGUGCUCUGUUCUUUUCCUAUUGAAGGCUCUGCAGUCCGAAAACCGCACAGAGCCAUGGUACAUAGCAGUCUGUCUAGCAGGGAUAUGCUUUGGUAACUUGUUGAGAACUUUCACAUUUCACCAUGAGAGAUUGCUGGAAGGAUAUAAGGGCACGAGAAUCAAAACAGCCGUCGUGGGAAUGAUUUAUCAAAAGGUCCUGUCCUCUAGUCGGAGCAGCCUCUCUAAGCUAACUAACGGCCACAUCAUGAACCUCAUCUCUAACGAUGCCAAGCGCAUGGAGAGACUGGUCAUGUACACCAUGAAUAUCGUCCGUAUGAUCUUCGACAGUGCUGCUUGCGUCCUUAUCAUCGUCUUUCUAAUCGGCUGGCAGGGUCUGGCGGGGCUUGUCGUGUUAGCUGUGUUCGUAGUUAUAAGCUACUGUUUGUCGAAGCUGUUCUCGCGUCUUCGGCAGGAGCAGUGUGUUAUAACGGACAAGAGACUGUCUGCCAUGAAUGAGAUUAUAUCCGGCAUUCGCGCCCUAAAGAUGAAUGCUUUGGAAUGGAAGUACAGUGAAGAAGUCCGUCAUUUACGAAGAACAGAGAUGAAGUACGCACGCAACAAAGUCUUGAUCCAGUCCUCCUUGUUUGAGAAUAUCCCGGUUGUCGCAGCCCUAGCCACUUUGUCUUCAGUUGUAGCCCUAGCUUUCAGUGGUAUCCACCUGUCUGCCGCAUCGCUUUUCACGCUAACCGCUGUAUUAAGAAACAUGGCCGCCUCAGUCGGGUACUGUCUGUCUAACGCUGUUUGCAAUGUGUUAGAUGCAAACGUGGCGCUUUGGAGAAUUCAGAGCUUUUUGUUGGCGCGAGACGAUUGUAAACCUAAAGAGGCCUUAUCCGGGAAGCUAGGGAAAAGAUACGAGUGUGAGAUGUUUAGGGCUGCUAAAGAUCGCGAGGAUGUGCAUAUGACGAAUUCAAAGGUGUUUGUCGAGCUUAAGGAUGCAUGGGCUUCCUGGAGUGGCGAUACGUUUUUAACCCUACGCCACGUGAGUCUCAGCGCAUCCUCUAAUCAGGUGGUGAUGGUGACGGGUCCAGUGGGUUGUGGCAAGACAGCUCUACUCAUGGCAAUUCUCAAGGAAAUCCCAUUAAAGCAAGGGUCUGUUACAUUAUGUGGUACUGUAGCGUUUGUCGAUCAAAUCCCUUGGGUUUUCUCCGGGACGUUAAGGGAAAAUAUAUUGUUUGGUAAAGAGUACGACGAGGCAAAGUAUAAAAAAGUGAUAAAGGUAUGCAGCUUAGAGGAAGAUGUCCGACGACUUCCUAAGGGUGACCUCAGUAUGAUUGGUCAGCGAGGCGUGAGCCUGAGUGGUGGUCAGCGGUCACGUGUCAGUUUAGCACGUGCGGUGUAUUCGGACGCGGAUAUCUUCCUUAUGGAUGACCCCCUUAGCGCUGUCGAUGCACGCGUAGGGCAGCACAUAUUUGACGAAUGCAUCAUGGGCGAGCUAGGAAACAAGCUGAGAAUCCUCGCAACUCAUCAGCUGCAGCAUUUGCCUCGCGCAGAUCACAUCGUUGCACUAAACAAAGGCCGCGUGACGACACAAGGCAGCUAUGAUGACAUCAAGGACAGCAGCACUUUAAAAGAAAUGAUGAGGGAAAUAGAGAUCUCCCGGUCUAUGACUACAAGAGGUCCGGAGCAGGGCGAGGCUGAUAAUGAGAGAGGGGGAUAUUUAAUAGGAGAGUAUAAAGACGUGGAGCAAGUGGAGGAGGAUCGCGUCAUGGGUGUGGUCACAUGGCGACUAUACUGGGAGUACUUACGUGCGGGACUGCCUGCCCUGCUCACCGGCUUGCUUAUCAUCUUUUUCCUGUCCGUCGAAGGUAUGCGCAUCUCCCCAUUUUGGUGGCUAAGCAAGGUCUCUAACAUGUCACGCAAUCAACAGAAGAGUGGCGUGACACUCGGGAUUUUCGUGGGUCUUGCCGGAGGAGCACUGGUACUGAGCUAUUUGAGAACGUUCUUUUUUAUCACUUCCACGUCUCGUUCGUCUGUGAAUCUCCACGAUAAAAUGACUGUCUCAAUCAUCAAGUCGCCGGUGUUGUUCUUUGACACGAACCCUGUUGGGCGGAUUAUGAACCGCUUCUCAAAGGACACGGGAAACAUGGAUGAUAUGCUGCCGCAUGAUUUAUACUGUACGUUAAACUUCAUUGGGAAGUAUCUGGGUAUUACUACGAUGACCGUGCUUGUCAACGUGUGGUUUGUGUUUGUCAUCAUCCCCGUCCUGAUCGUCUUCUGGUUGAUCGUAAGGUUUUAUUUGCGCAGCGCACGAGAACUGCAGCGAUUGGAAGGGAUUGAAAGCAGUCCGUUAUUUGCACACGUAUCCGACACGAUGGUGGGGCUAGAAACAAUACGAUCCUUCCAGAUGGAACGGGAAUUCAUGGAAUCACAUAUCAGCAAUCAAAAUGAGCAGACUCGUGCGCUCAAGAUGGUCGUUGCAUCUGCGCAGUGGUUAGGGAUGUAUAUAGAUCUACUCUCUACUUUCUUUGUCACUGCUGUGGCAGUUGGGUCGUACUACCUCAUCCAAGACCCUGGUCUUGCUGGCUUACUGCUCACAUUUGCUAUAAGUACGAUGGGACAAGCUCAGUUUGGUGUCCAAAUGGCAACCGAGGCGGAAUGCCUUAUGACCUCAGUAGAACGAGUCAUCACAUACACUAAACUCUUUUCGGAACCAGGCUAUGACCGCCAGUGCUUACCGCCAGACGACUGGCCCAACCGUGGAGCUCUUAGCGUACAAGACGUUUCUUUAGAGUACCUGGAAGGGGGGACGCGUGUCCUAGAGGGAGUCAACCUUGAGGUCGACCCCAAAGAGAAAAUCGGUAUUGUUGGUCGCACAGGAGCAGGCAAGUCGAGCUUAGUAGCAGCGCUAUUUCGAAUGCCGGAGCCCAAGGGACGGGUACUGAUAGACGGAGUGGAUCUGGGGAAUCUAGAUAUCCAAGCUGCGCGGAGGGCAAUAGCUGUCGUAACGCAAGAGCCUGUUGUGUUUGCUGGCAGUCUCAGAAGGAACCUCGACCCUUUUGACCAAUUCAAAGACCAGGAAAUCUGGACAGCGCUUGAAAAUGUGAAAAUGAAACAUUGCAUUGAGAAUCUUACUGGAAAACUGGAAUACCAUCUUGGCGAAUCUGGGUCUGGGUUCAGCGUCGGAGAGAGACAAUUGCUGUGUCUAGCGCGCGCGUCACUGCAGAAAUGCAAACUCUUAGUACUAGACGAAGCUACAGCCAAUGUGGAUUACCGGACUGACCGGUUAGUCCAACAGGUCAUACGUGAAAAAUUUGCUGACGUCACAGUGCUGACCAUCGCACAUCGUGUGAAUACUAUCAUGGAUUACGGCAAGGUGGUUGUCAUGGAUGCUGGUCACGUGGUUGAGUAUGGCGAGCCCAAGGCGCUUGCCGGGAAAACUGACGGGAUCUUUGCUCAGUUAGUCAAGGCAUAUGAUGAUAAUAGAAGCUAAAGUUUGAAUAUGAACCCGCACCCCCCAAAUGUGGACUUGAAGUGGGCCAGGUACCAGCUCUAAAAUUUUUGUUUUGGACAAUCUUUUUAAAGAUUAAAAGCCCUAUAUCUUUUUCAGUCUUUUCUAAGAUGGAAGUUCUAAGUAUUUUGCUUGCGAAUUAACUGAAUAAAAUUCAUAAAAUAUCACAA